CAUGUAGAGAUUCCACGUUGGUAUCCUAUCCUGGCUCGCGUGGAGCAGAGGGCUCUCGUUGCAUUCGGUGCUGUCCUGACGUUUUUCGUUCCUUUUACCUCCCUCGCUCUCUCCACAACGAGGCUGUGGGAGACGCGGUAGAGGAUUACACCCGGCAAAGGAAAAAAGGAGAGAACGGGGGAUACACACUAUAGGAAACCUGUACCGAGGUUGAAAUGCGCCAAAGGUUUGUCUUUGAAACCUUCUGAAUGCACUCAUUGCAGAGGAAAUGCCGGGCUGGAAGAAGAGCAUCCCCGCCUGUCUUCAGGCAGAACAGGAAGGAGAUGAGGGGCCAUACACAAAAUCCUCCAAUCCCUCCAGGCCAUUGGAUGGAGCGCUGGCCAUCAGGAGACAGAGUAUCCCAGAAGAGUUUAAGGGCUCCUGCCUGGUGGAGCUGAUGAAGAAGGAGGGCACCACUCUGGGUCUGACUGUCUCUGGUGGCAUCGACAAGGAUGGAAAGCCCCGGGUCUCCAAUUUACGCCAAGGUGGCAUCGCUGCCAGGAGUGAUCAGCUCAACGUGGGCGACUACAUCAAGUCCGUCAACGGGAUCAACCUGGCCAAGUUCCGCCACGACGAGAUCAUCAGCCUGCUGAAGAACGUGGGCGAGCGGGUGGUGCUGGAGGUGGAGUACGAGCUGCCGCCUGUCUCACUCCAAGGCUCAGGGGUCAUGUUUAAAACGGUGGAGGUCACGCUGCACAAAGAGGGCAAUUCAUUCGGGUUCGUCAUACGAGGUGGUGCCCACGAAGACAGAAAUAAGUCCCGUCCUAUCGUCAUAUCCACCGUCAGGCCAGGAGGCCCAGCCGACAGGGAAGGGACCAUCAAGUCAGGCGACCGAUUGGUUAGCAUAGACGGGAUCCUCCUGCACGGCACCUCCCAUGCCGAGGCUAUGAGCAUCCUGAAGCAGUGUGGACAGGAGGCCACUCUGCUGGUCGAGUACGAUGUGUCCGUCAUGGAUUCGGUGGCCACGGCCUCAGGGCCGCUCCUAGUGGAAGUGGUGAAGACCCCGGGGUCCAGCUUGGGCUUAGCGCUAUCUACCUCUAUGUACUGCAACAAGCAAGUCAUCAUCAUCGAGAAGGUCAAGCCCGCCAGCAUCGCCGACAGGUGCGGGGCUCUGCACGCCGGUGACCACAUCCUGUCCGUGGACGGCACCAGCAUGGAGUACUGCACCCUGGCCGAGGCCACCCAGCUGCUGGCCAGUGCCUGCGAUCACAUCAAGAUGGAGAUCCUGCCCCACCCCCAGACCAGACUGGCCCUCAAGGGCUCCGAGCACGUCAAGGUGCAGCCGAGCAACAGGCCGCUUCCCUGGGAGACCUGCGCCAGCAACAGCAACAGCAACUUCCUCCCCUACCAGCAUUAUAACACCUACCACCCCGACCACUCCAGGAGCCAGGCCUCUAAACACCAGAAAUCUUCUUCAAACAACUUCCCUCUGGGAUCCUCCUUCUCUCCAUCCUCUAUGAGCGCCUACAGCCUGAGCUCACUCAACAUGAGCACCCUGCCCCGCAACCUGUACCCCACCAGCCCCCGCGGCACCAUGAUGAGGAGGAAGCUGAAGAGGAAAGACCACAAGAGCUGCCUGUCCCUGGCCUCCAGCACACUGGGCCUGUCCGGUCAGGUGGUCCACACGGAGACCACCGAGGUCACCCUCGUCAGCGACUCCAUCAUGGGCUUUGGCAUUCAGCUGCAGGGGGGCGUGUUCGCCACGGAAACGCUGACCUCCCCCCCGCUCAUCGCCUACAUAGACCCCGACAGCCCAGCGGAGAGAUGCGGGAUCCUGCAGAUCGGGGAUCGCAUCCUGACGAUCAACGGCAUCCCCACAGAGGACAGCACACUGGAGGAGACCAACCAGCUGCUGCGGGACUCUAGCAUCACCAGCAAGGUCACCCUGGAGAUCGAGUUUGAUGUGGCAGAGUCGGUGAUUCCCAGCAGCGGUACUUUCCAUGUUAAGCUACCAAAGAAGCCUGGGGUGGAGCUGGGCAUCACCAUUAGCGCUCCAUCCAACAGGAAACCAGGGGAUCCUCUGAUCAUCUCGGACAUAAAGAAAGGCAGUGUGGCUCACAGGACGGGCACCCUCGAGCUGGGGGACAAGCUGCUGGCCAUCGACAACAUCCGCCUGGACAACUGCUCCAUGGAGGACGCUGUGCAGAUCCUGAACCAGUGUGAGGACCUGGUCAAGCUCAAGAUCCGAAAGGAUGAGGACAACUCAGAUGAGCAGGACAGCUCUGGCGCCAUCAUCUACACAGUGGAGCUGAAGCGCUACGGAGGCCCACUAGGCAUCACCAUCUCGGGGACCGAGGAGCCCUUCGACCCCAUUAUCAUCUCCAGCCUGACCAAGGGUGGCCUGGCCGAGAGGACCGGUGCCAUCCACAUCGGUGACCGGAUCCUGGCCAUCAACAGCAGCAGUCUGAAGGGGAAGCCCCUGAGCGAGGCCAUCCACCUGCUGCAGAUGGCGGGCGAGUCCGUCACCCUGAAGAUCAAGAAACAGGGCGAGCUUACAAGCCCCAAGCAGUCGUCCGUGUCAGGUCGCUUGAGUGAGCUGAAUGACCUAGAGGAUGAGCCGCAUAUGGCACAGAAGCCGACCAAGCUGUCAGACCUCUACUCCACCACCAUCCCCAGUGUGGACAGUGCUGUGGAGUCCUGGGACGGGUCUGCCGUGGACACCAUUGUCAGUAACCCAGGAACAGGGUACCAGGCAGCGGGGUACAGUUUCCACAGCCACGAGUGGAGGAGCGCCAAGCCCCGGAGCAGCCCAUCGCCCAUCAGCGCCCACCAGAGGAGCAACAGUGUCCUGCAGGACCUGGGCCUAAGUGACGAGGAGUGGGACCGGCCCAUCGCCUGCGGGUUUGCCGUGGGGCAUGAUGGGACGGAACCCGACCAGGAGGAGAACUUCUGGUCCCAGGCGCUGGAGGACCUGGAGACGUGCGGCCAGUCCGGGAUCUUGCGGGAGUUAGAGGCCACCAUCAUGUCGGGUAGUUCCCUGAGUCUGAACCAUGAGCCAGUGCCCCAACGGAGCCACCUGGGGAGGCAGGCCAGCUUCCAGGAGCGCAGCACCAGCAGGCCCCAGUACACCCAGGCCAGCCGCAGCAACACCCUGCCCACCGACGCCGGCCGCAAGGCCUUCGCCAUGAGGAAGAUGAAGCAGGAGAUGAAGGACAUCCUGUCGCCCAUGCCGGUGGAGCUGCACAAGGUGACACUGUUCAAGGAGUCGGACAUGGAGGACUUUGGGUUCAGCGUGUCAGACGGGCUCCUGGAGAAGGGUGUCUACGUUAACAACAUCCGCCCCAGCGGACCAGCCGAUAUGGGCGGGCUCAAGCCCUACGACAGGCUGCUGCAGAUCAACCAUGUCCGGACCAGAGACUUUGACUGCUGUCUGGUGGUCCCGCUGAUCGCUGAGUCGGGGAACAAGCUGGACCUGGUCGUCAGCAGGGACCUGCUGGCCUCCCAGCCCAUGGCAGAACUGAACCAGUUCCCGGUGGAGGCGCUGGUGGACUGGACCGAGGCCAGCGAUCCUAGGCAGCACAACUCCAGGCUAGCAGAGGUGGAGGCCAGAGACCCCACCAAAACAUUAUAGCAGUGAAGACUGGAGCUGGCAAGCCCCCCCCAGGCCUGUUCCCCAUGGUGCUAAAAAUCCCUCAAGCAGUAUUCCUCUGUGGAUACGCAGGGCCAACGUUUUUGAAAGCACACCGAAUUCCCACCCCCACCCCACCCCCCCGGCGGAUACCAGAGCAUGAGCCACAGUGACAAACCUGCUGAAGAGACCAUCUCUCCUCUGCUUGCCUGUAUUGGGUGUGCGCCCCCCUCCCAACCCUCAGAGCGAUCUUGAGGACGUCCCGGUGAAUGGGAAAGCAGGAAAAAAACAAAAGAGUGCCAUCAUUACCUGUUUAAUACAGCAGAACAGUAACACAAAUGGAAGAGUUAAUUCAUUUGCAUAUGAAUAAGGACUAGGUAUGCGUUGUGCUUUGUGUGUAUGUGUAUGUGUGUGUGUAUGUGUGUCUUAUUUUCACAAUUAAGGUAUGGAUGUGACAAGACGAGGAAAAUCUUAGCUGGGAGGAGUCUGUCCUUAACCACAUAUUGAAAGAGUUAUGUAGCUACUGCUGUAUAUGAUUAUUGCUAUUAUAUUAUAGCUAGUAUAAUAGUAAUAAUAGGACUGCUGCCUGCCAGCCUACACAGAGACUGCCAGAGUACCACAUAGAAAGUGAUCACUCUGUCCAAGAAAAUUCAAGAAAAACUGAAGCAAACAGGAUUUUAAACACCCAAGUAUUUUCCCAGAGAUGAGUUAGGUGUCUUGUAUCUUUCCCUCAAACGAUGUGUAGGAAGAUGUAGGACCACUGCAGUUUGUGGAAAGGGUUUGGAACAAAGCUUCCAGAAAAGAGAGGGGCCUGGUUUUUUCCUGUCUGUAUGCCACAAAGGGGUAGAUUUUUCAGAGUGACAGAAGAUUGUGGCACAAGUGACACAACUAAAAUCAUCAUGACGGCAGCUUAUUCAUCAGUAAUUACAAAAUAGUUACGGAAUGAUGCCAGCUGUAGGCAACCAACUGAUAUUCCUCUGUCCAAUUCAAGUAGUCACUUCCAAAUGCACUUGUUGAGGCCAGGUGAAUGAAAACGGCCAAUUGCUCAUAGUUAACCACAAGUAAGGAGCAAGCACAUUAUAGAAAAGAUAAAUUCCAUCUGGAACAUGUGGUCUUAAUUGCAGAGACAACAAUCUGUUAACUUCACAAUGGCACAAGGCCCUGAAAUUAGCUAUGGAGAAAGAAAUCAAAGAAAGGUGAUUUUGUUACAAGUACAUGAAGGAAAGUAGAUGAAGAAAAGCUUUGAAGCCGUAAGAAGGCAUACUAAAGAGGAAGUUGCUUUACCUGGGGGUAUUAUAAUGAGGACCAGCUGGGCAGAGCCAGUCAUACCUGAGUUAAGGGUAGCUGCACACCAACCAAAAGAUGGCAGGACCUCCGUUCACCUGUUCUGAGAUCCCACUGCAGAGUAACAGAAUAUCCCUUGUGAUGAGUAAAUCUGUGAUGUCCCCAAGUAGGUGAUCCUAAGACAGCCUGUGGAUGGAUAUACCAAUGUUGACACCUGUAAAGCUGUACA